AUGGAUGACUUGGAUCACAGCAUGUGCAUUGCCGAGGAGGAAUGGUCCAACUUCUUUAAGGAGAGUGAGAAGUGCUCCUUGCCGCAACCUCUUCUCGCCCGCCCUGAGGGCCUUCGUUGUCCAAUCCCCAUGGAUUCAGCUGCUCAGUCCCUGCAGAGCUUAGAUGUGAAUAAUACAACUUGUGUUAAAAUGGAGCUCAUUCAUGAUGUAGGCACACGAGAAGAUGAAAAGAUUCAAAUACGUGAUGAUAUAGGAAGUGGGUACAGAAAGGAGGUACAUAUGAUUAAGGAACGUAGCCCAGAAGAGAACAAGAAAAGCAUUGUGCAAAUACCGGAGGCCGUCAGUGACGUCGCGAGGUCACAUUCAAUCAAGCGUGAAUCAAACGCCAGAUGUCAGUCUGAGGACGGCAACAAAGCUCCCCAGAGAGAAGAGAAAGAGCGCUGGUUUGUGACACUGCCGCUGAAUGACACUCCAGGGUCGGGUCGGGCCUGUGCAACUCCAAAGGAUAAAAGAAGUAAACUACGAAAACAUACGCGCAAGUCCAGCCGGGAGCCUCAAGACGAUGAAAGUGAGGUGAAUAAAAAUAUCAAUCAAAACGGAAGCAAAGAAAUGGAAGAGCAGAAAAGUUCUUGUCAUGUAGUGCAAAAUGAUUGUAAGGAAACUUGGCAGGAUGUAGAGAAAAACCAGAGACAAAAACCCCUGUAUGGUGAAGAUAUAAAGCAAAACCAUGAAGGAAAAAUCCACGAUGAAAAUAUAAUUCCAGGUACCCUGCAUGAUAUAGCGAAAAACAAUCGAGAAGAAUCCGAUGGUGAUGUAACGAAAAACCAUAGAGAAGGAACUGAGGGUGACGGUGGAGAAGCAACACAUGAAGGUGAUACCAAAUUGCAAGUCAAAAUAGAAGGUACCCCGUGUGGUGAUGAAAUUGAGCAAAACGACCAAGAAGACACAGAUGAAGAUCAUAGAGGGAAGCAAAACGACGUCGAAGGAAGUCCGCAUGGUGACAAUUUAGUGCAAGACAACAGCGAAGGAAACCUGAGUAGUCAUCAUAUAAUGGAGGACAACAAAGAAGGCACAAUACAUGAAUUUUUUCAUUUGGAUCGGGUGGACUCAGAUGAGUUUGAGGACAGUGUUGACUUUUUCACCCUUCACAGUUCUGAUUCUGAAAUUUAUCUCUCGGCUUCGGAAUCUGUGCCUCGGGAGCUCUUUGAGGAGGAUUUGAUUGAAAACCGACCAAGACAGUGCCAACCCUACUCCUCCUCAUCUUUAUCAUACAACUGGGAUCCAAUUCAGAGUUCCGGUGCUGGGAGCUUGCAGGAUCCUGACUGUAACGGUUCUGGUACGCAAGCUUUUGUUGAAAGCUUGCCAAGCUCCAACCAACAGAAAGCGGAUCCGUCAAGAGUCCAAACAGAACCUCACCUUCCAAUAUGUGAUGUUGACUGUCCUCAGUUGGUUCCGGAUGUCAUCAUCACGCCGGUGGUUGACGGCCCCGAAGCGUACGCCCAGGCCGAAGACCGAACGCCGUGCGUCUACGCCAUCUCCGCCUUCUGGGAUGAAAUGGAAAAAUUAACCAUUAAUGAUAUUUUACAGCUGAGGACGGGGAAAAGCUCGCCUCCCACGGAGAUGUCCGACGUACCGUCGCUAAGCAGCUCCCUGGUGGACCCCGAGGAGCAUCAUUUGACAGACGGAGGUCUCACGGAUGUGUCCGACGCCGCCGACUCGGACUAUUUCACACAACCGGACGACUCUAAGGCGGACAGAUCCAGCUGGGAUUUCUCCGUGUGCGAUUUUGAAGAGGACUAUUGGCAAUUUUUGGGCAUUAGUGGGAACCCCAGUCCUGAUCUGAGUUGCAAAACCCAGCAGGAAGAGGACGAGGUUGAAAGUGGAACCAGGAGCCAGACCCCAGUACCAAUCGGGGACUCAAUAAGGCCAAACCCCAGAGCGAUGACGAAAAAGAAAAGUGUGCAGAAUGUAUGUGCUCUCAAGGAUUCAUUUUCACAGUCACAUUUACACCAGGAUGAGAAAGGAAACCAUCUGGGAUCGAUAGUCACGGCACCUGUCCAAGGAGAAGAUCUGGAAUCCCUCUGCAUCUACGAUUCCGAAUGCAUAUCAGGAUGUGACAUGAUUUGUACAAACGAGCAUAAAAUAUCACUGGCCCAGAGCCACAAAUGGAAACCCAUCCCGAUCUUCUCCUGCUCACAUCCGACCGUCAGAGAACUCACCCUCCCCGACUGGAAUUAUCCGUUCUUGAGUGUGGACCUCUCGGAAGAUGACGUUAUUUCACCUGUCCGAAUUGUCUCUCACGCUCUCCGAGUGGCCGAGUCUCAAAGCGGGAGGAUCGUACUGUCGUUCGGGAAAAUCCGCUUCAGAGACAAAGGCAGCGUCUGGUGCAGGUCUGAUGGCUGGGAGGUUCUAGGCCAAAGUGAAGAGCACAGUAUCGUUCCUGUGGUGGGAGGAGUUUCCCCUCCGCUACCUGAACAGCAAAGGAUUGUGGGAGCAAUACAGAGACCAGUGCGACAGGGCGUCUUGUCUACGCUGCAGCAGUCUGACAUGUGUUUGGUCUGCAUUGCAUUUGCCUCCUGGGUACUGACAUCAUCAGAUACUCAGUCUGCUGAUGCCUGGAAAGCAGCUCUGCUUGCGAAUGUGAGUGCACUAUCAGCGAUCCAGUACCUGCGACAGAUCAAGUGAAGAUGAAGAAUCCUGAAUAUGACGAUUAUGUAUUUACAUUAGAUGUCGAUUCCAGUCAGUUACAGUUGGGUCCAUUCAUCUGAUAGAUUUAUUCCACUUAAUCAAAACAGUAUGACAGCAUUUCCGGGUUGGUAGCAACUUAAACUAAGAAAUUUUAUCCCAAUAUUUAAAAUAUUAUAUAUAUAUAUUAAUAUAUAUAUUUUUUGUGCUAUGUUUUUAUGUGUUGAAAUAAAGUUUAGCCUUUAGUUUGCACAAUUCUAUCCAUUAGCCAAGUAAGCUAUUAGUACCUGGACCAUUAUUGAGGAGCGGAAGACAAUCUUAGCUCAGCAGAUUGACGAAGAAAGCCUGAACGAUACUGAGAAAGUAAGCAUAUAUUUUUGAAAAAUAAAAGGAAACAAACGCAGUGGGAGUCCGUGUUAAAUAUUGUUGAAGUGAGUUGGGGAGCUUCUUUUAGACAGUGACACUUGUGGUGUUGUGGUCGCAAGGAACUAUGCUGAGUUGAGCAGAUUAAUUGAGGCAAAAAAAAUUAAAUAAAAAUUGUGAAAUCUUUGGUGUUGAGGAAACUUGUUGAAAUGAGUCGAGGCACAUGAAAGCACUUCAGAAUUUACGGUGACACUGCAGAAUAUUUAUUGAAAUAAAUAUGCAAUGAACACACUUUAUUUUAUACACAUAAAUAUUAAAUUUCAAGGCAGUUUUUUUUGGUGAAUAUUUAAUCUGUCUCCAAUUCUCUUAUUUGUAUCAAAUAGAUGUAUAAAUGCAUGAAUCCAUAGAUCCGGUUCCAAUUAAUAAUUAUAUCGCUUAAAAUAUGAUAUAGUGUUAGAGCUUAAAGUUUCCUGCUUAAACGAGGGUUACGUCUACGACUAAUGGUACUCAUUCAUAUAGAAUAUUGUGAACAUUUAAUAUUUACAAGCUCAAAAAGGAGUGAAUAAAGCUCAGGUCGUACUGUGAAAAGAUAUCUCGAUACUGAAUAUAAAACUUUAGGAUUUCGACAAAUCUUGAGCAUAAUUGGAGUAAAACCAACCUCUACUAUUUGCUUUCCGGUCUAAACAAGACGAUGCUACUCUAACUUGAGUCAUGCUCGGUCGUUAACACUCAUUCAAACACUGGUUUAAAUGCAAUUCUGUACAAGGAAUCAUCGUUUAUACACGCCAAAGUCUGUUUGCAAAGCUUCCGAGAGCUAGCUGUGUGUUAGCAAAGUCGGAGUUGUGUAUAUGAAACUGUUAAACAGUAAGUAAAUUGGUGAAAGUUCUGGAAUCUCACAUGAACCUGUGAGAUUAUUCAUAUAGUAAGUACAAAUUCCCGUGAAAAUCUUAGCCAGACUUUAGCAGGCCUGUGAAGUGCUGAAGAAGGAAUGCGCAUAUCCAUAGACAAAUAUGUCGUAAAAUAUAUGAAAACAAAAGACACACAAAUACUCUUUUACAGUUCUCUACUGGGCGUUAAGUACGAGCUUUUUUUAGACGAAGGCGCCACGUGGACCUCACGAUGGCUUGUCACCUUCUUUCUUCAGACGGCUGUGCAAAAACAGGGAAAUAAUUUUAAUUAGUGGUCUUUUGAUGGAUUGGAAUUUCUUUUGAAUGGGUAAAUUAGUAAAAGCUUGCCUACUCAACCUAUUCAAGUGAGAAGUCAAGGUAUGACAUCUUUGAUUGACCACGUAGAAGAGGUCCUCACCUGUAAUAAUCUUCCUGGCUGGGCAAAGGGCCUCCAUGCAGGUGAUGUCCGUGCAACCACUGCUGCUCCAUGGCCAUCCUCUGCAGCUCUGCCGACUGAACAUGCAUGGCCUGGAGCUGAUGGGCGGCUGACAUCUGAGGAAUUGGCCCCUGGAGCUCUCGAGGAUACGCGCCCCC